UGGCUCGAGAGAUAAUGCUGUCCAUUUGAUUUCGUAGCGGUGGGUGUUCACCGUGAGCUUCGGUUGCAAUGCCGAAAGGAUUUGCACAAAUGCUGAUGACAGCAUUUACAGCCGAUGGACCUGUGGUGAAGCCCAAGAGUCCAUGGGAAGGAGUUACCACCGAGAAUCUCUUCAAGCGGUUACACCCGGUGGUCCAGGAUAUGAUGACCCAGACUCCGUCUAUGAAGAAGGAGUGGGAGAAGACAAUGAGCACUGCCAUGCUCGAGAGCAAGAAGAAAGGCAUUUCAGAGCAGCAGGAAUUGCGAGACACCUUGGAGGACAACCUGAAGCAAAUGAAUGCAAUUUAUGAUUCAAAUCCAAGCAUUCUACAAGAUUUUCAUUCGGCGUUGUAUCAGAACCGAUCUGGGCCACGACUACGGCAGUCGGCCUUUCUGGAUGAUUCUGCCAAAGGUGCAAAGGGUCCAUGGGAUGAUGUUACAACAGAGAAUCUGUUUAAGCGCCUGCAUCCAGUUGUUCGGGACAUGAUGGAGAAGAUGCCCGGAGUGAAAAAUGAGUGGGAGAAGACCAUAAAUACGGCUUUGAUUCAGAGCAAGCAGAAGCCGGUCGGCGAGCAGCAAGAGUUGCGCGCGACUAUGGAUGCCCACGUGUCCGCGCCGCGUGAGAUUACGCCCCACUUGCACUUCACAGGGUUACAAGUUUUGCUGGCGCAUUUGAUGGCACUUGUGAGGAACAGAAUCUGAAGCAAAUGAACGCAAUUUAUGAUGCCAACCCCCGCAUUUUGGAAGAUGUCCACAGAGCAGUGCAAGAUGGCUCCGGAAGUGCAUUUCUGUGAAGCAAACAUGAAUUUGGCGUGGAAGAUCCUGAGUCGUGGUGAUUGCGCCAAAGAAUCAAUCGGCAGUUGAUUUGGGACAAACCGCAUGACGAGCUAAGUCCCAAUUGAAUUUUUGUAGCAGCCCGCC